AUGAUCUACACCACCCAGAUCGUGCGCCUGGACGGCCUGACACUGGUCGCCAGCGUCGACGACCAGCAGAUGCAAGACCUCGCAGAGCUCAAAUCGCAGAUCAGAGCCGUCAUCAAGAAGCUGACGGCCUCGUCGGAGCCGCGAGCGUCGAUAGAGAGCACCGCGCAUACCAUCCACUACGUUCUGAACGACAAUGUCGCCUAUCUCGCCAUCACCGAACGCAGCUACCCCAAGAAACUCGCCCUGACCUACCUCAAAGACGUCCGAGCCGAGUUCCAGACCUCGUACAAGCGCGAAGACUACCUCGAUCCCCAGCUCCGACCGUACGCAUACUCCGAAUUCGACCGCUUUAUCGAACGAACGAAGAAGACGUAUCAAGAUUCAAGAGCAACGGACAAUCUAAGCCGGCUGAACGAUGAGCUCAAAGAUGUCACGCAAGUCAUGACAAAGAAUAUCGAGGACUUGCUGUACCGAGGGGACUCCCUCGAGAAGAUGGGUGACAUGUCCUCCAGACUGCGAGAGGACUCCGCCAAGUACAAGCGUGCCGCUGUCCGGAUCAAUUGGGAAUUGCUGUUGAAGCAGUACGGCCCAUUCGGUGCCCUGGGACUGGUAAUCCUGAUCCUUCUGGUCUGGCGAUUUUGGUGA